AAUUGCACACAAACCAAUAUCCACUCUUUAUUACAAAAAAAUGAAAAAGAUAGUUUUUAUCUAAAAGGCAAAUCAUGUUCUUAUCAAGACUUGUUCAAAGCUUCAAAAGACUUUCGUCGCAAUCAAGAAUUUGAGCAUUGGAACUAUAAAAGAAGAUUGAUUGACCAUUGUUGUAUUUUACUGUCGCAUAGUUUACUUCAUAGCUUGCGAUAUGUCUAGUGAGCUUGAACCAGAAACCGUAUAUGACAUGGUGUUAGUAGACCGAGAAAAUGAUGUUCGUGUAGUAACAAAGCAGUUAUUUAGGCUAUACACUCUCCGUAAACUUGGUCGCCCUUUCAAACCAGUCAUACCCUUUGGUCCCCACCUCUUCGGAAGUGGGAAGACAAAAUUCGUACAAAGUUACUGGGAACUGGUGAAUAAUAUGGGUGAAAGUGCACUGAUAGGUCUCGAUUACGUUUGUGAGUCUAAGAAGGCCAACCGAAGAGGUUUCCUGGAGAAGCUGAAAAGGGCUUCAUUGCUUUAUGCGGAUUUAAGGCGGUUGAAGCCCACAGUCCCCAUAGAGUUUUUUCGAAACCUAAAGUGGGCAGUCUACUAUUUGUUAAUAACGGCUGCCUGCUCUCAAGUUGGCGCGGAAAUUUUGCGAAAGAAAGAAGCCUUCGAAAAGGUGGAUAUGGAACCUUCCAACUUAGUUCCACUCUUACGAGAUAUACUAAGGAUUCCUUCUGAUCAAUAUCUUCUGAUAGCAUUUGAUGAAGUUGGUGUCCUAGAUGAAAGUCUCGACGAAUUUCAUUUCAAGAGAACUCAUGACGGUAGAGUUCGACCUUACAACGACUUUAUCGGUAUCAUUAGUCAAUUGUGCAAAGAACCCGACUUGUUUUUUAUAGUUGUUGGGAAAAGUGAAGGCUUAAAUAUAUAUAAUUACGUAGCUUCAGUCUCAAGGGUUCAGUUAGUAUUUAUUCCUCUUUCGCCGCUUGAGAAACAUAGUAUCAUGGAACAUUUGGAGAAAAGUUCUUCCUUUUUAUUCACUGGGAGCCCAAAAGCUUCAGAAAUUCUUUGCCACGAAGACUUCUCAACUAGUGAACUUGCAGAAUUGUUGUUGGAAUUGACUGGUGGUGUUCCUGGUUUACUUGUUCGAGCAAUCAGUUACCUUCUGCUGUAUAAAUCAUCCAACAACAAUUUCUCAUUAUCUAAGGAAACCUUCUUGAUCAUAAUGAAUAGCUUUCCAGUAACAAAUUAUUGUGUUGCGCCAUUCUUACCUCGUCUGAUAAGUCUCAGUGAGCAGCGUAAGCGCUUGUUAAGAAUGCUUACGUUAUUAUCUUUGUAUCGUAUUCGAUUUGAUUUUGAUGAAACUGUGCAAAUAAGCUCAAAUUCUGAUGUGUUUUUGUUUGAUCUAGUUACAGAUAUGUGUCUCUAUCGUCGAUUGGUUAUAGAACCAGACCGCAACGAACGCUAUGAAGUGUUGAUUCCCAAGUUACUGAUUGGAUACAUUGACCAAGGCUUAAAGGAUGAUCGUUUAGAAUGGUUACUUUUACAAACUCUCAAGUCUCAAUCUGUUGAAUUCUUUUAUGAGUCGAAAUGUCGAAUUUUGGAAGGUCUUAUUGCGACACUGUUUUAUUUACAUUUUUCUCGGCAUCCUACAAACAGCUCAAUGUUUUCUACUCUUAGUCAAUUGUCUCGUGUUUGGAAUGAAAUGAAUUUACAAUUUUCUUCCGAAUCUGCUGCUUAUUAUAUGAAAUCUAUACAUUAUACCAGAACUGUAUCAGGAACAGAGAGAAUGACAUUUGGAAGCAAUGAUGAAUGGGAAAGGAUAGUGGAAGAAAUAUUAGAAUUUGAAAAGAUAUAUAUUCCAUUUCAUUCAACAUUCCAUAGUCCAGAUAUAUUAUUCAAGUUGCAUGGAAGAACGAAUGAGAAGAACUUGAUGAUUGUGGGUAUUGCUUGUAAAGGCCGAUGGAGUCGUAAUGUGCAUGAUCAAGUAUUGACUAGUCAUCCUACAUGGCAUUGUAUGUUGAUUAUUAUGAGUACUCAGUUAGCAACCAACGUAUCUGAGGACUUGAAUCAUUCUAGUCGUUGUUAUUCAUCUGGCGAUGGUGUUGGAGAAUUCUUGAUUCCUCACAACUGUGAAUUGGUUAUUCUUUCUGAAGCUGAUGUAGAAAACUUUAUUGGCAAAGACAUUUUAUCGAAUUUAAGGAACGCUUUCAAAUCUGUGGAUAAUCCACAUUCGAGAAAUAUUGGCAUUUCAACACUACAAGAAAUAGUUUUAUCUCUUUCCAAAAAUAUUUAGGAAUAUCUUGUUUUAAUAUCUUAGAAGUUUUCUAAAACAAAUAAUUUUCAAAAGUUGUUAUAAAUCAGGGGCUGUUUUAUAAGACACUGUCAAAAACUAUAUCAAACUUUUGAACAACUUAUAAUUCUGACCACAGUUGCAUGGUUUGGAUGACAUAAACGAGGCUGAAUUCAAACUUUCAAGCUCGACUAUCUUUCCAUUGAAAACGAUGAAAUAGAUUGGAUUUUGGAUAUCCUUCAAAACUUGACAACUUAUUGCCACAUAUAAUCGUGCUUGUCUUGAAUCUUCUUUUACUUGUUGUCAGAGAGAAUACUCUGUUACUUUUUUUUUCCAACCAGAAGAGCUUAUUAAAGGGAUCCGCAUAAUUUCAAGUUGGUUACUUUUUAACGAUAUAUACAUUUUUACUUGCUGUUCUCAGGUUCUCAUCAUUAAAUGAAGAUGAUACUAUAUAUCAAUUAAGAAAAAUUGAGAAAUUCACAACGUAUUAGCCUUAAUCCAUUUUAGGAAAAGUAUUUUCUGCGUACUGAAGGAUCUACUAG